UACUGGUAUCUCAUCGCUAGCAACUCAGUUCCAGCCUCCCUCAGUCUCCUCUUUCUUCUGUCCUCUCCACUUUGCAGUUCAUGCUGCUCCUGACCUUAGCUCCAGAUUGGCCUGCCUUGCCUCAUCCCCCGUCCAACUUCAUUCACUGCCUUCCUGCCCAGCGUCACUCACCACCCUCCCAUUCCUACCUCUCCGAGAAUUUCCUAACUUGCAUCAGCCUCCUGCACCAUCCCCGUGGUCCUGGCCUACUUGCAACUGCUUCCCUCCUUGUCUCUGCCUACACUCUCAUUUCAUUGCACCUAAUCUCCAUUCCCUCCCACACCUUCCCCUGACCCUGCAUCAGUUUCAUUUCCCCCGUUGCUUGUGGUGUACUGCCCGCGCUCCCGUCAGGAUGGACGAGGCUUUUGUGGAACAAUGUGUUCUGGACCUGUACAAGAUUGAGGCCAUAAAGUUUGGCUCCUUCACCCUCAAGAGUGGCAUGCAGUCUCCUUUCUACUUCGAUCUCCGUACUGUCGUCUCUCACCCCAAGAUAAUGGAGACUGUGGCAAAGUUGUUGUGGGCAGCGCGGCCCAGCAGCACCUAUGACCUGGUGUGUGGUGUGGCCUACACUGGUCUGCCCAUUGCUGCCAUCAUGUCCUUGAGGGAGGACAUUCCAAUGCUGAUCCGCCGCAAGGAGACCAAGGGCUAUGGCACCAAGAAGCUAGUGGAAGGCAGCUACACCAAGGGCCAGAGAUGCCUCAUGGUGGAGGAUGUCAUUGUAUCUGGCAGCUCUGUGUAUGAGACAGUAGAGACACUCCGUGAGCUGGGCCUUGAGGUGAAGGAUGCAGUGGUCUUCCUGGACCGUCAGCAGGGUGGAGCAGCCAAUCUAAAUGCCACAGGCAUCAAUGUGGUAUCUGUUCUUGGUAUAAUAAAGCUGAUGUCCAUCCUUUACAAGCAUGGCUGUAUCACCUCCGAGGUACUUGAGUCAGUGAAGGAGUUUGUUAGCACCCAUAAUGAAACUUCUAUCAAAACCAAGGACAAGGCAUCCUACAAGAAUGGUGUGCUGGUAAAGGACCGCAAGCACUGCACUUAUGAAUCUCGUGUCACCACCACGGACCACCCUCUAGCUUCCACUCUGUUUGAACUCAUGUCAACUAAGAAAACCAACCUGUGUGUGGCAGCGGAUGUCACCACCUCUCAGGAGCUGCUCGCUCUGGCUGACAAGGUGGGGGCUCACAUAUGCCUGCUCAAGACUCAUGUUGACAUCCUUCAAGACUUCAGUCAGGACACAAUUGACAAGCUAAAGGCCCUGGCAGAGAAACACAACUUCCUCCUCUUUGAAGACCGGAAAUUUGGUGACAUUGGGAACACAGUUGCCCAGCAGUAUGGGGGUGGCAGCCACAACAUUGUGGAGUGGGCACACCUGGUCACUGCUCAUGGCCUGCCAGGGGACGGGAUCAUCAAAGGACUCAUGUCAGCUGCUAAUGGUCGCACCAGAGGCUGUGUCCUUGUUGCACAGAUGAGUUCUGAAGGAACCCUCACCUCACAGGAGUAUGUACAAGGAUGCACCAAAAUGGCAGAGAAGCACACCUACUUUGUUGUGGGCAUGGUGUCCCAGAGCAAUGUGAGCAGUGACCCACGCUUCAUCCUGUUCACCCCGGGUGUGCAGCUCAAGAAGGCUGGUGACACCCUCGGUCAGCAGUACGUGACACCCAAGGCAGCCGUGCUGGAGCGAGGUGCUGAUGUAAUAAUUGUGGGCAGAGGUAUCACCCAGGCGGAGGAUCCUGCUGCUGCUGCUCUCAUUUACAAGGAGGAGGGAUAUGCUGCCUACUUGGAACGCAUUGAACAGAAGCUGGAAAACCCAUCUGCAGUGGGCAGCUAAGUUGGUGUCAUAACAAAGGCCUGAUUUAGUUGCAAUAAUGGUACAUGCAAAUUUGGGAUUGCACAUUAUUGUCAGCUUACUUUUUGGUGCAAUUUGCUGAAGACUUUUAUUAGUGUUAAAUAUUCAUAGGAUACAUGUAAAGAUUUCUCUUCUGUUAUUGAUUUCAAAUAUCUGUAUGAUGAGUAUUGGCAACAGAACGCUGCAUGCCUCACCUGUGGCCCAGUUUGGCACAUGGCAGGAUGGUGUUGGGUGCUGAAAUUAUGGUUGUGAUUGUUUACAUAUAGGCUACUUAGUAAUGUUUAAUUUGACACGCAUACAGCUUACAUUCCUACAGCAAGCCAUCCUGCAACACAGGAUUUGUAUAUCCUAAAAAUCCUUGUGUUUCAAAGUGUGCUUCCAGGUAAAUCUAUGCAGUACAAUGAAGAGCAGGAAUGCCAGCCUUCCACUCAUGUAAGGACCACAUAGACACCUGUUGGCUUUCCACUCCUGUAGGAUCUUGCACACAUUUAGGAAGGGCUUUAAUUCCUGUCAAGCUGCAAGGUUACAAGUACACAGGAUGUGUGUAGGUGUAAGGAGUCCUAACACAAAAACUAGUUCCUACAAUUGUUCAUGAAUCAUGUUUUUUUUAAUGAGUAUUUUUGUGAUACAUUAUGAAAAGUUUUUACUAGUGUUACACAAGUCAGUCUUUUAUCAGGUGCAUCAUUCUGAUUAUAGUGACAGUGAAACUCAGGUGUAGUUAACCUUGUUAUUUAAAAUUAAGAGAGAGAAUGCCGUCCUGUACUUCCUCGCUGUUAUAAUUCUUAGUGAUGCCUCCGUGUCAUCUGUGACAUUCCACAUGGUUUCAUCAUUGGGGUGACCAGCACUCCAUAGUUAAAGUCAGUACUGACAAAAAUAACAUCUCACACUUCAGGCUAAGAUCUGACAAAUUGUAUGACCUACUGAAGUUUUUUUAUACUGUGCAAAAGCAGCCAACAUAAUAAAGGCAAAAUUUUCACUACAUUUAACAGUUAAAAGUAUUAUUCACACAACUCUGGUGAUCAUGUACAGUAUUAUAUUUAGUUAAUAAUCCAUUACCAAACAUGAUGUAUCCAUUGUUAAAGAAAUAUAUUAUUGGUAAUGUACACUGUUCAUUUAUGAGAAACUAAUAACCUCUAAAGCACCAUCUAGAACAGGAUUUAUCACACCUAAAAUUACCAAGCUAUUCAAGGCAGUGAUUUUCAUGUAGGUCACCAUUUAUGUCUUACGCCUGUCCACUCAAUGCCCAUUGUUUGGGCAAAAUUGAGGAGCAGAGUGCAUGUGUCCAGGUAACCAAAAUCACCAGAUAAGGCCACCUGCCUGGUAGGAUGACUGCUUGCUGGGUAAACAGGCAGAGUACACCAGGCAUUGUUCAAUUGUGUAGGCUGGGCCGUAGUAUGACAAUAUAGGCAUUUAUUGUUAAAAUGUAGUAAUGUACUUAAUGACUGCACAUUCCAGUGCCUCACCAGUACCACCGUGGUAUGGACUAGUUUGUUUUUUUAAGAGUUGUCCUUGGAUGUUUGACAAUUUUAUUAUUGUUACCAUUUCAAAUAUAUACCGACCAUACAGCUACCAGAUAAUUAUAUUACAACUAAUGGUUUUAAUAAUAAAUUGCUUCACGGUA